AUGCAGUGGCGCAGACCUAUACCUCUCAUGCUUGCCAGCAUUGAAUAUGCACUGGGCUCACACUCCCACAAGCAUCUUCAUGGACAUGGCCAUCUCAUGCCUCACGCCGAGAAGCUAGAGCCUCGAGACGUGGCCUGGACCGAUCAGAUUCCGCCCGACAUGCUCAUCGAAUUUCGCACCUUUACAACCACGGUCUACGAGGACUGCGCCCCGACAAAUACCAUCUAUGUCACCACAACCGUAUUUGAAGAUAUUUUGCUGGAACCAACGCAUCUGCACCUCGAACCUACCUACUCUGCCAUCAGCCAGCUUCAACCUUCACAGCCCGAGGCCACAACAACGGUACACAUGACCAAAACUGUGAUGGAUGUUGUGACAGAGACAGCGGCGACCACCAAGACAGCGGACUCAACUCCAGAAUACGGCAAUGGUGUCGGCAUCGACAUGACUGCGCCACCCCGAGAGGUCGUGUUUGCGAAAACAACAGGCGGAAUUCACACCACAACUACAGUUGUUGCCUCUUUAUCUGGAUUUGGCAAUGCGACUGCCACAGUUUCCAUUGACGUGACAGAGCCUUCAAGCGAGGCACAAGAGGAAGAGGAAUUUUUCAGAGAGGCAGCAGGGGGAGACGACACAGAGAGAAAAGCACCCAAGAACGUAGGAGGCAAGAAGGCGAACAUCGACGGCCACCUAGUUCCGAUGCCUACACCAACAGACCCUGCACCGGGACUUCUCCCCAAGUUUCCCGGUCUUCCACAAAUCCUCCCAGCAACAGCACUCCCAAACCUGAAUUCAAUCGGCCAGGCCCUCGAUCUGAAUGGACAAGCCCCACCACAAGAUAUUGAAUGGACCUCUCUCCCCAAGGACAGUGAAGUGUCUAUAGACGGAUUUGGAGGCCGCAGCGCCCCAAAAGGUUCCGCGGUAACCUACCAGGGCAACGUUGGUAUUCCCUGGGGCAGCAACAUCAUCGCCGUGAGCCCGACAGAGGCCCACCGCUACAACUACGUAGCUCAGUUCUCGGGGGCAAACACUGAGCCUUGGACUGUGACUAUCUGGAACAAAGUCGGACCCGAUGGCAAGAUGGAUGGGUGGUACGGACACUCUGCGUUGACCUUUGUGCUUGCUCCCGGCGAGACAAAAUACGUCGCUUUUGACGAGGACUCGGAGGGCGCGUGGGGUGCUGCGCCAGGAACACAUGGGCUUCCGACGGACCAGUAUGGUGGAUAUACGUCUACCUGGGGAGAGUUCAGUUUCGGUGAUCUGGAGAACAGUGGCUGGUCUGGGUGGGAUGUGUCGGCUAUUCAGGCGCAAAUUGCUCAUCAUGAUGUGCAAGGGAUGAAGAUUUGUCAGACUGAUGGGAAGGGAUGUUCGUCCAUCACCCCUGGUGCCAAGAAGGUUGUCGAUGCUUAUACACAAUCUGAGCGACACAGUGAUGGGAUUGGAGGUGCUGCCUCUCCGGGGCCUGUACGGCUAGCUGUGAGUUUGGAUUAUCAAGAGUGA